GUGUAACUAUGAUGACAUUGGAUCAGGAGCUCCUUGCUAUCAAGUUAGCUUUGGAGGAGUGGAGGCACUGGCUCGAAGGGACAGUCAUCCCCUUCUGUGGCUGAACAGGACUAUAAGCUUCCAUGGUCUUAAACACCUGUUGUCCCCCUCUGCUCUCAUUGUUAGUGGUUACCUGCUGAAGAGAACCCGGGCAGUAAACUGUAUUACAGGAUUUUCAUACAGCACCUCCGACAUAAACCCGUGAUCAGUCACCAUGAAUCCAAAGGCAACAAUGGAUAAGCCCAAAUCUAAAAUCUCAGCUUCACGGAAGCUCUCCCUGAAGAUGAUGCUUCUGGCAAGAGCCAUCGAGGAGUUGGACAAAGAAAAGGUCGACAGGGCAGAUGAGAAGGAGCGAUACCUUGGGGAAAAGUUGGUACCUUUACAGCUUUCUGGCCUUUCUAUGAAAGAAUUACAGACUCUCUGUGAGCAGCUCCAUACAAAGAUGACUGUGGUUGAUGAAGAGCGUUACGACUGUGAGGAAAAAGUGACAAAGCACUACAAAGAUAUCCGUGAGUUGAAACUGAAGGUACAGGACCUCGGGGGGAAAUUUAAGAAGCCUGCCCUGAGGAAAGUGCGUGUAUCUGCAGAUGAGAUGAUGCGAGCUCUACUAGGCUCCAAACAUAAAGGAUCUAUGGACCUCCGGGGUAACUUAAAAUCUGUUAAGAAGGAAGACGUCAAACAGGAUAAGGUAUUGACAAGUGAGGUUGGUGAUUGGCGCAAAAAUGUGGAGGCAAUGUCAGGCAUGGAGGGAAGGAAGAAAAUGUUUGAUGCAGCAGGUGGUCAGUGAACAACGACUGAACAGAAGAAGAGGAGAAUAAAGAGGAUGAGCAGUGACUCCUGUGCUUAACACUACCAACAUAGCAUGUGUCCACCAAAUAUUCUCAAUCUUAUAGUUAUGACCUCAGCAGUGGAGUGAAAUCAAUGGAAAACAGUAAAUGUUUUAUUUAAUAGAACCAAACAUAAAGGAAGAAAUUAAAGUGUAUUGCAUGUUCUUCUUGUCUUAUACUGUAUAUUUACAAAGCAAUAAUGUACAUGUACAUAACACCAAUAUCAAUAAAACCCCAUCUGUAGCAGGAGA